AUGCAGGAACCCAAGGAACUUUCAACCUUCUCUUUCCAUGACGAGUCCGUGGACACUACAAAGCCGGAUGGCCCAGAGUUACGUGCAGAGGCCGAAACUUAUGAAGAACGCAAGGUCGAUCGACGAACGAUCAUGGCCAUCGUGGCCCUAGCUGUUACCUAUGAAUCUGUGGUACUGUCUUUUGUUCUACCAGUGGCUGUGUUGCUCACCAUCGACGCCGACAUUGGGCCUUCGAAACAACUCAACUGGGCUCCGACUGCCUGGACUCUUGCUCAAGGAGUGGUGAUGACCAUCGCAGGUUCACUGAGUGAUAUAUGCGGGCGGAGGAACUUCGCCUUGGCUGGGAACCUCAUGGGCUUGAUUGGUUGCAUCAUAGGGUCAAGGGCCCGUUCUAUUGACACAAUCAUUGCCGGAUUAGCUAUCACUGGGUCCGGCUCAGGUUCCCAACUACUCUCACUCGCAUGUGCGAACGAGAUAGUCCCGAAAAGGUCACGAGGGAAAGCAAUCGCUGCAUUGAAUCUGGCUUCAAUGCCAGGAUCCUGCUUCGGAUCACUCAUAGCAUAUCGCCUCGUCGCAACAUUUAACUGGCGAUGGACGUUCUACGUGGGCAUCAUUGCGAAUGGACUCGCUUUACUGCUUGUAGCCAUCUUCUAUUGGCCUCCCAAUUUCAUUGGCCUUCAUCCAGAGGGCAAGACCCGACGACAACAAUUCCAAGAUCUCGACUUCAUAGGACUUCUGUUCUACGGUGGUGGCCUCAUAAUCUUUCUGCUGGGAAUAUCCUGGGGCAACAAUCCUUACCCCUGGAAAAGUGCACACGUAUUGGUGCCUCUCUUGUUGGGACUGCUAAAGUUUCUUGUUGCAUUCCCACUCUGGGAGGUUUAUGGGCCCCGCAACGUUUCAAAGCUAUGCCCACCAGAGAUAUUCGCCAAUUUCAGAACCUUCAUCUUGCCGCUAGUCGUGUCUUUCGUGUCUGGGUCAUUGGUAGCUCCGUCGUUAUUGACCGUUAAUACAGAAGUUCAAUUGCUUUUCACGACCGUUCCACAGAAGAUAGGGUGGUACAGUGUGGCAUAUAAUACUCCAGUUACCUUGUUUGGGGCAGCCGCAGCAUUUUCUUUCACCACGUUCGGCUGUACGAGAAUACAAUUUUCUACGGCGACACUUCUCCAGGCUGUUCUCACUGCCGCCAUGGCCUCUAUCACCCCACACACAUCAACUCGAGCAAUAGUCUUGGUUGUCUUCGCUGCAGGGUUUGUCGGGGCAACCCACAUGCUAAAAAUACUCAUGUUACAAUUCGGUGCCCCGGACAAACAUAUCGGUCUAGCAACUGGUUUGAUGGGAUCUACUACAGCUGUUGGUGGUGCCAUCGCUCUGGCGAUCUAUAGCUCGAUCAUCCGGGACAAGACGGCAAGUGAUCUAUCCCCAACCAUUGCAGCAGCAGCAAUGGAAGCAGGAUUGCCCGCUUCAAGAUUGCAAAGUUUCCUUCCUGCGUUUCUCACUCACAACAGCACGGCUCUUGACCCUGUCGCAGGUGUCACUCCCGCCGUGCUUACUGCCGCGGAUGAGGCCAGUAAGGAUGUCUAUGCUCAAGCAUUCAAGCUUGUUUACCUCGUCACAAUAGCUUUUGGCGUACCGGCUUUCAUUGCGGCCGUUUUCACUCCAAGCGUCGACCAUAAAUUGACGAGUCAAAUCAAUGUAAAAUUGGACGCUCCUCACUUGGUAGGUCGUGGAAAGGGAGAGGCUGCCGUGCUUUACAGUCUGGAUCACGAGUAGGCAAAGGAUAAGCAUGGGGGUGCAAGCAGCAGCAAAUCUCCUAGGGGAAGAGUUUGACUUAUCAAAGUGAGCGCAGAGUCCUCGUUGCAGCUCACAGGGGAUUGUAGGUUGGGAGUGAGAAUCCCAGUAAUAG